AAGAUUCCCGCCCGAACCUCUGUUUCUUGGCGCAUUUUCUCUUGCAUCUCUUCUUCAUUUCUUUCUUCCUCCCUUCAUUUCGUCGCGACUUCUUUGCUGCUUCAUCAACUCCUGCUGCGACAAUGGCGGAACCACCAGCGUGUGCAACCACUCUUGACUCCCACGCUGCACAUCUGGGAGGUCCUGGUCCUCCCAGACAGCCGACCCAGCGCUCAGUUUUGCCCAGUCUCGUCCCUCGCGCUUCUCGUUUCUCUCGUUUCUCUCGCACCUCAGCUUCAUCUGACUCGAUCGCCGCAUCUCUCGACCCAGAAACCGAAAACGUCUCCCCACAGACACCGCCACAGCGAGUGUCGCGGAACACGAGCAUCGACUCGGAUAAUCGAGAAUCUCCCAUCAGCGCCGAUCCAAUUCGGAAUCCUCAUCACAGCCUGCCCGUUACCCACCCUCUUCGCUCGAACCCAACGUUUACCGCGGCCAAUUCCAAUCAAACCGGGGCGACUUCAACAACGACUGACGAAGCUCCGACACCUCGAAAACACCCGCGCAGAGCAAAAUACACAAAGACAUGCGACAGUUACACCCAAAAGCUCGACAGCUACUGGAAUGGCAGGGGCUAGGCGCCUCCCGACAAAUCUGUUGAUAGCCUUUGUCGAGACACCCUGCUUCAGAUCAAAAUGAUUUCGGAGGCCGCCAUGAAAGCGACACCACCGAUACCACUAGAGGAUUUGACAGUGCCCGGGGGAGUGCUUCAUGGUCUGCAGAUGACUCGGCCCAUGCUGGAAGCAGCUCGCAACGGGUUCGACAAGAUGCUCGAACAGAGGGCGAAGCAUCACCACAACCAGGAGAACCAAUACGGCGACCUCGACGCUCCCAUUCCCUCCUCGCCCAUGCUUCACUGUGCUCCAUUGUGGAUUAGUGAAGGCGAGAACGACGGCGAUGACGAGGAUGAUAACAUCUUCCUCCGAAUGCCCACACCGCCACUCCAGUCAG